AUGACGGUUGGAGACGUCCAUGGGGGUCCAAUGACGGUUGGAAACGUCCAUUGGGGGUCCAUGACGGAAGUGAGCCGUAGCUUGCGCCAUAUUGACCUGCCGGCUGGACAGCCGGUUGGCGUCCAAGUGACUUUCGUGAACACGGCAACUGUUGCCAGUUGCGAUUCGCUUAAAGAGCUCUUGGACAGCCUGUAUCUUGAACAACUGUUGAAUCGGCCCAGGCCAGCCAACAGAACUGAAUACGGGUGGCAAGCUGUCUUGGUAGGGAUCCACACUGCUUUCCAGAAGAAGCUGGAAACUCUUCAUACGGUUGAGCAAGUUUGGUGCUUCGGAAACACUUGCUUGAAAGAUCAAGGCUUGAAGGAGAACUUUGUAGAUCUUGGUAUAGACCGAGUGUGUGAGGAGGCGAUUCCGUUUGCAAAGCAACUUCGCUUCGUCCAGGCAGAGCAAGAGGGUCCAAAUUUCGAAAGAGAACUUGGACUGAUCGAACAGUUGUUGGCAGAGGACAGCCGGCCGACGUUUAAGAGAGCGUUGCAGUCUUCGCCAUCUGUUAUCGAUCUGUGUGAAACGCAACCUGCCAAGUUCCAAAGAUCCUUAGUGCCCCAGACCGAAGCUGUGGAUCUUGAGAGUGAGUUGAGAGUUGACCCUGGCCAAGGCGUGCACUUGCCCCAAGGUGCACAGGCGACGACUGCAGCAGCAACCGCUGCACAGGCUGCCCUGAGUGCAGCAACGUCGCAAGGCAAUGCAAAGCAGGGAAUUGCAGGCAGUGACAUGGCCCGCAUUCUCCCGAAACCCGAUGUGUUUAAGCCUGCCACGAGAGAGGAAGAGCAUGGCAUGUGGCUGCAGUGGUUUUGGAGCCUCAAGCAGUACUUGUGUGCCCUUGAUUCUGCUUUUGGAGAUGAAAUUGCAUAUCUUGAGCAGCACCCUGAUGAAGAGGGUCAAGGGUAUAAAAGUCCUGAGGCAGCCCAACGAUCCAAGCAGCUGUUUGCACUCUUGUGCAGCCUUGUGAAGGGCAGGGGCCUGCAGCUGAUCCAGCGAGUGCCUGCCCAGUCAGGCUUCGAGGCCCUGAGGCAGCUCAUCCAGCUGUUUCAGCCGACGUCGAGAACGCGAUCGCUUGGCAUCUUGAGUGCAAUCACCAGCAUGAACCACUUCAAGGGCAAUGAGCCAUUGUUGCCUCAAGUCUUAGAUAUGGAACGUAUCUUUGAGGAGUAUGAACGCAGUAGCGGCAAGAAAUUGGACGAUGAUUUCAAGACCAGUAUUUUUCUUCGUUCAAUCACCCAGAGCAUGCGCAACCAUCUCGCGACAAUUCUUACUGAAGAUGUCACGUAUGAUGCCUUGAGGGAAGCCGCCUUGCGUUUUGAAAGAAUGAAUGCCAAGUGGGACGCUCGCAAUCUGUUUGCAGGAGACAGCCUCUUUGCCAACAGGAGGCAACCUGCAGGGCCUAACGAUGGGCCCGUGCCGAUGGAGGGCAGAGGCGACAAAGGCCAGAAAGGAAACCCCAAAGGUCCUGAUGCAGGCAAAGGUGCCCGACAGAAUGUCAUCUGUCAUGCAUGCGGCAAGCGAGGGCAUUACAAGAGUGAGUGCUGGCAGAACGUGCAACAUGUGCAGGGAGAUGAUGCGAGCACCACUGCCCCCAGCACGGCUGGACCGUCAGCGUCGCAAGUCAGGCCAUCUCCUGACACCAGCACAACAAUGCGUUCUGUGAACAUGGUUCAGAUCGACGUGACGGGUGACUGGUGCGGUGGAAGCAUCAAUGCACUCACCGCGGACUCUUGUCCCGCUGCCGGGGAUGAUUUCCUCAAGGUUGUUAAGUCGCUAGCCCUGAUCCCGCACAGGUACCCUAGCCUCCCCAACCUUGUGCCAGUGCAGGAGAACGAUCUCAUUGCGAUUGCCGAGCCAGAAUGCACAGUGUUUGCUCAGGCGAUUGCCGAGCCAGAAUGCACAGUGUUUGCCCAGCAGUGCGGUGUUGAGGUCUAUGAUAUGUCAGCAACAGACGGUGAUGAAGAUUGGACCGUUUGUGAUGGUGUGCUUCCUGCCACAGCCACUACGGAAGUGACAUCAGGCGUGUAUGCCAGGCGUGACAUGUCCGACUGCCUUCUUGAUUGCACUGUCCCUUUGACGCACUUAGGAGUCCAGUUCCGGACUACGCUAAGGCAAGAGGCGAGUGGCUGGGCUGUUUUCGAACUGAACACGCCGCUGAGCUCACUUGACCUGUCAGAAGCUUCCUUUGUGCCGAGCCGUAUCCACAAUAUCAUCACCAUCGGAUCAUGCAGCAAAAUCAACAUCGAUGAACUGUUUGGGAGAGUGCCGCCAGCCCGGCGAGACCAUGUAUCGGAAGAUGCAGAGUCCGAUGCAGGGUUACCAGACGUUCCGAUAGGUGGAGUUGGCAACAUAGCGGGACCCGAUGACGAAAUUCAGGAAGGAGAUGAGCUUCCGGGGCAAGAGGCGGAGGAAGUGAUGCAGCCGGCCAUGCGUGCACAUGUGGUUGUGGAAGGGGUUGAGCUUCAUGAGGGAUGCACCUUGUCCACAUUGCGAGCUGCUUGCACGGCAUUGGGCAUCGGCAAGAGUGGAGGCAAGGCGACCGUCUUGCAGCGCAUCCACAACUUCAUGGACCGCCAGAGAUUGCUCGAACGACACCAGGUCGAGGAUGCAAGAGUCCAAUUGCCCCGCGAACAAGCACCCGUUUCUGAGCCAACACCUGAGGAGGUGCGUCGCCACGCAUUGUCGCAUAUCCCUUUCAUGCCUUGGUGCGAGCACUGCAUCAAGUUCCAAGCCCGUGCUGACCGCCAUGUCCAAGCAAGACCAGAUGUUAGGGCGUGUAGCACAUGUUCGUUUGACUUUGCCUUCACUGAGCGUGAAACCGGUCGCCCCGGUGACAAGUUGAUCUGCUUAAUCCUCAAGGAUUCACACACAGGUGCCACCUGCGCGAUCCCUACACCAGCAAAGGGAGGAACCGUGGCGUUCAAGUUCAUGGUUGCUGAAGUGUGUAAAUUCUUGAAUUUUUGUGGACAUACGGAAAUCGCCUUGAGAUCAGACGGCGAACCGGCUUGUCUUGCUUUGCAGCAAGGGGUAAAAGAGUUGAGGUCGCGGAUGAAACUUGAUACGCAUCUUGAACAACUGGAGGCCGCUGACCACCAAGCAAACCCCAGCGAGCAAACCGUGGAUCAGCUCAGGCAGCUCACGGGAACGCUGCUAAGCCAAGUUGAAGCCGAGACUGGCCAAAAGGUCAGCACGAUGUCUCCACUCCAUGCGUGGGCGUGGAAGCACGCGUGUUGGCUGCAGAUGCGCUACGGGCGCAGUGGAUUUGCCAGUCCGUUUGAAGUGAUAACAGGGCGCCCGUACAAUGGCAAAGUUGUGGGGUUUGGAGAGGUUGUUUUCGCAAGGAUUAAGAGUUCUAUCAAGGGCAAAGCCAGAUGGAUAAAGAUGUUGUGGUUGGGAAAGUUGGGGGUAUCAGAUUUGCAUGUUGGAGUCACACCUGGAGGUUUCUUGAUUUCCAGCAGGAGCGUCAGACGGCUGCCAAAGCAGUACGAUGCAUCUUUGCUUGAGUCACUGCGUGACAUGCCAUGGAGUCAAGCAAGCUUCCUUGCAGGGCAAGUCGGCCAGGCCAGAAUGCAGAGAACCCCUGUUCGAGGAGAAGAAGAAGAGGUGCAACAGCCUCUGCCUGAGGUUGUGUUGCCUGAAAGACCACCGCUUCCAUAUCCCGGUUAUGUCCUACCUGACAAUGCACCGCUUGAAGAACUCAUUCCUCCACCAGCCAUUAUUGCAUCAGGCACACCGGAACCUCCUACGCCUGUUCAAACAUCGGCCGAGACACCGCUUCCCACGGCUGCCGAGCCUAGCACGCCCAUGCUUGUUGAUUCCGAUGCACCACCACCACAGCAGGAGGCCAGUGGAGCUCGCGCUUCUAGUGGUUUAGGGGGUGUUAGUGGUUCUAGUGAAGCGUUGGGUGCUCCUGGUCCGGCACCAGAGGCGAGGCCAUCAGGGGCAGGCGGGGAUGAGCAGCCAGCACCCAAAAGGGCACGAAUCCGGUUGCGCUUAGAUGCAGUUCAAGUGGACAAAGACGGCAACGAACUACACAAUGUCGAUGAACAGAUUGAACUCUUCGAUGAGGCUGCUGAAGGUUUCAUGGACUGUGAGGAGUCCGAGGCUUGGGACAACUACGACGAUGACGCUGGUGCGUCACCGAGUGCAGAGAUUCCCAGCGCCAUGCCCUUGGCUUGCCCCGCCCGUGAGACGUGCCGUGCCGUGGCCAGCUCCGCCCUUCGGACGUGCCUUGACCAUUAG